ACAUCAUUUGAAUCAUUAAAAUGAGUUAGUGAAUGAAAACUACCAAUCAAGGCAAGUAGACUCAAGUGAGUGGUAACCAUUAAAAUAGAAAAAUUAAAUAAGAUUAGGCUAGGCUACUCUAGGUUAGUCGCCAUUCAAUGGGCCAUUUCUGUUAUAACUAUACUUAAAGUUUAUUCUAUUAUUUGAUUAGCCUAAGCUGCCUAUGAAAUUAUUUAUGAUCGGCAUAUCAUUAUGUGUUAAAAGUACUAAAAGUGUAUUAAAUAAGCCGUUAAUAAGCCUGCUCAUGGACACGACAUGUCAAUGGCAUGAGUUGGCUUAACUUAUUGCAUUCACAUCAUGGUCAUGGCGAAGUCAGAGCUCCUAACAAUGGAUUAUGAUUAUUUGCUUUUGUGUUCACAUUCAUGACUCUGAUAAAAAGCAGAACAUUAUUGAAAAAAAGUGCAUUCAAUCUUACUAAAUAAGAGACACUUUAACAUUAUUCUUUUAUAUAAUAAUUAUAAAUAUUUUAUUUUUUUAAACUACAUUCAUUGAGUGAAUAAUUCAGGUAUGUGUGGUCUGAAAAAAGGCCUCUGGUCAAGUUACAGGCCCUCUUCUUAUUUGACCGGUGGUGGUGGUGGGGGGGGGGGGGGGAUCUUAGAAAAUGUUCUAGGGCAGGGUUUCUUAACAAUUUUGUAUUUUUUUUUUUUAAACUAAAUUCAUUGAGGGAAAAAUUCAGGUAUGUGUGGUCUGAAAAAAGGCCUCUGGUCAAGUUACAGGCCCUUUUCUUAUUUGACCGGUGGUGGUGGUGGGGGGGGGGGUGGAUCUUAGAAAAUGUUCUAGGGCAGGGAUUCUUAACAAUUUUGUAGCAUUGAAUCCUCUCUCAUUUUCAAAACAUUUCCUGCAAACCCACUCCCACAUACCGGUAUAAAUUAUAUAGUAAUAAAAUGUUUUAAAUGAAAAUAAUUAAACUAUUUAUUUAGUUAUUGUAGUUGUAUUUCUUUUAUUAUCUCUUCUAGUAAUGACCUACUUUUUUGCUAUGUAAAGCCUCAGUACUGGCUAUUAUUUUGCCGGUGGCCCAGACAUUAUUUUGGAAUGAGGCAAAAUUGAUAGAUUGGCAAAUUAUUUUGUAACUUUUUUGUUUUAAACAAUUGAUAAUAAUAUGAAGAGAAUUAUCUGUUCAGAAAUGGAUAAGUGUGUUAAAAAUGUAUUUUGUUCACUCCUUUCAUUGGGAAUGGCACACUAGGGGAUAGUGUGGCCAGCACAGUGCCCAGCCGCUCUUACUUUGCCCUAAUUUUUGUCAGGUACCCAUCAAAGCUGGGUAGAUUCAGGGACAGCCUAAAGACCCAGGAACAAAUCCUAGCCUUGACCAGGAUUUGAACCUGGGCACAGUCGAGCACUGCCACUCGGCCACCAUGACUAAGAAACAUUGUAAACGUUGAUUCUCUGGCCCUAUGCACAAAUUGGUUUAACAGGGAUACUUUUUUUUAAGUGUCUUAUUUCUAAUUUGUGUAGAUGUUGCUGUUGAUGAUAUUAGUAGAAUAUACUAGUGUUGUUUUUGUUGACAUUGUAGUUUCUGUUGUGUAUAAAAUUAAGGAUAGAGCAAUACAAUACAUUAAUGCAAUACAACAAUUAGACAAGAAUAGAAAAGAUUCUAAGAAUAGAUUAAAGAAAUAAAGAUUUGUAAGAAGAACAAAUGAAGCUGCUAAUUAUGUAGGUGAAGAUAAUGAAGAUGAUGACUAAAGACAUCAUAUCAUUAAUAAAAAAAAUAUAUCAUUAAUAAAAAAAAAGAACAUUGAUUAUACGCAAAAAAAAAGUUUAAUGCAAUAACAAUCAGACAAUGGUUUAUUUCUUUUGUUUUUUACUUCCACUGGCUUCUGUCUCCGCACAAAAAACUCAGUAAUUGUUAGAUUUUCAUAAUUUAAAAGGCAAAAUAAAAUUCUACUAUUCCCCUAACGAAUAAACAUUCUGCCCGAGACUGUUGUGAAAGUUUAUAUACUUGUUUUUCUGUUUAUUUUAGAUACCCCUCUAUAUGGCAAAUAGACACACUUAAGCCACAGGGAAAAAAAUUGGCUGGUGAAAGAAGACACGCUUGGGUGCUGUAAGGGUUAACUUUCCAGGAACAAGAAAAAAAUUAACAGUAGAAAUAGAAGUAAUGUGCUAACGAAAUUGCCCAGAAAAAAACAUUUACUGCUGCUAGUCAAAAUGUUUAAAAGUAAUUUUUUUUAAUGGCAGCAAUAACUAGCAAUGGCAGCAAAUACAAUUUUCUGGAUCUUCCACACCACAGUGGGUGUUGUCACGCCUAGUUAAGAUCAACUGAAUAGGAAAAUGUUUCUGACACAGGGGAAGUAAUUUGAUAUUCUUGGGAGGUGAAUUUUUAAGGGUUUGUAAAGGACAGUGGUGGACAGAGAGAUUUUUUUUAUAUAUACGGGGUGGUGCAGAGGUUUGUGAUGUUAUAUAUGAAGGUGGUCUAACUUUUGGUUAUAAUGUGGGUAGAGGAUGUCAAAUGUCAGCACAAUUUGCCUGAUGUCAUUUAUGGGUGCCCCCCUCUAAGCCGACUCAUGAUUUAAUAAUAAUUUUGUAUAAAGCCGAAGCGGUUUAAAGGUUUGGUUUCACCUCGCCGUGUCUGGUGAGCCAUUUUGUUUUGUGAUUCAGUUAGCUUUUUCAUGUUUACAGCCUGAUUUAGCUUAUUUUUAUUGAUUUUUUGAAUGCCUAUUUGUUGAUUUCUUACCGUUAUUAGAGGCAGUGGUUUAGGAACACUCCCCAUUAGAGAUUUACAAAAUAGUUAAGCUGUAGAAUUAGUUAAAUACUGCAAUAUGAUAUUAGUUUUACACCUCAAGCAUCUAAUUCAGAAAAAUAUCUGCAACCACAUUUUAAAUUUUGACUAUGAUCAUGUCGUAGCUGUAAUCAUAAUAAACAUCUUUAUAUAAUAUUUUUUAUGAAACUACACAGCCUAUUAUCCUGAUACUGAUCCUGAUUAUUUACUGGCAUCAAGAUCUUUUAUUUUAAAAACACAGCAUAAGGUUUAUAAUUUUACUCAGGGUAACGGCAAUGUAAUUAUUUUAUAUUUAUUGUAACUUUGCACUGAUUUUUUAACUGAUUGGUGUGUUUUACUAUAAAGUAGGCAAUUUUUUAUAUUUCAACCAGUUUGAAAACAUUUGGAUAUAUUAUUUUUCAUUAGAUCUAUUAUCAGUCUAACAAUGCUAGGAGUGAUUUUUGAAAGGGAUAAACUAUGAAAUAGUCUGGUAGUGUUUUGAAGAUUUUCAAUAAUUUUUACUCUCAAUUUUCCUUUUUUAAAUAACUUAUUCACUAAUAAUUUUUUUAAAAUUCUGGUAACAAUUCUAAAAUCAGUUAUAAAACCACAUUUAAUUCCAUUUCCAAUGAUAUUUAACCCUUCAGGUCUAGCAUUUACCAUAUACCCCACUUAUAGGAUGCAGUGGGCUUAUAAGAUGCACCCCUUUUUUUUCGAAUGACUGUAAUUUCAUCUCAUAAUUUUUAUUAGCGCCCCCCCCCCCCCAACCCCAUGUUUUUGGCGUAUUUUAAGGUGAAAAAUGUUUUCUAUAUGCCUGCAAAUAGGUAACUUAUAGGAUGCAGUGGUCUUAUAAGAUGCACCCCUUUUUUUUCGAAUGACUGUAAUUUCAUCUCAUAAUUUUUAUUAGCGCCCCCCUCCCCCCAACCCCAUGUUUUUGGCGUAUUUUAAGGUGAAAAAUGUUUUCUAUAUGCCUGCAAAUAGGUAAAUUGGCUCAGGAUAAUGAGAAUAUGUUUUGAUGGUAUUUAUUAAAAACUCACGCUGCAUUUUUCUGGCCGUAUCUGUUGAGUUAAAUAAAAUGUGUAUAAAUUAUUUGUUUUCUUAAUGAAACUUGAAGAAAAUUUGAAGAUUUAUUGUUUAUUGAAUAUGCUUUUUGUGUAGAAAAAUAUUGUAAGAGGACAUUAGUUAAUUUUUUUAAAAUCUACUUUUGUCUGAGCUGUUGUCAAAAAAAAAAAAUUCUUUUAUAGUUGAAAUUUUUAUCAAAGUUAUUUUAUAGAAAUACAUUCAAUUUCCUUUCUAUUGAUAUAAACACUUGAGGUCUAUCUAUUACAUGUGUAAUAUAAGUGUUAUAAUUAUAAGAAUUGACACAAAAAUACAAAUAACAAAUGCCCUCUCUUCAUAUAGUCUAAGUUUUACUAGAUUAUUAAAUAUAUCAACAUUUAUUGAGUAUUUCAUCUUUUAUUAAGAUUAAGUUGUAAUCUCAUGACAUUGAGAUUUUGUCAACAAAAAGGGCAAAUUGGAAGCAAUGGAUUUAUUGUGCAUGUGCAAUAACAUCAUACAAACAUUGCGCCAUUGGUAACUCCAAUUAUUCAAGGUGGGUUCAUCUCGCCCCACCAGCUCACUUUGGGUAAAAAAACGGCCAAAUAAGCAUGUCUUCACUCAAGGAUGGCCCUUAACUCGUGUCUUUUCCAGUUUAUUUAAGUUAAACUUUAAAUAUUUUAAUUGUGUUUACAAGUGAUGCAAACUUAACUCAAUUAAAACUGAUGAUAGCCACAGCAAACAAUUGUAAAUUUAAUUAAUCUAAGAUAAAAUUCAUAAUUCUAUUAAUUAUAAGGAUGAAUAGUUUACAGCAGAGUACAAAUUAUAUUUGUAUUAUAUAACCAAAAAAAAAAAUAUUCCAUGAAUGAUCAAUUGGCAUUUCUUUCCAUUUAUUUUAGGUUCACAUAGAAUGAGAGAGAUGAAAAUGUACUCACAACUUUGCAUCGUUUUGCUCUGGGUCAUUAUAAUGGUUAAAUCUGGAUACUGUGUGGAAAACUACAUUAAAGAUAUUUCAGAGCUAACAGAGCCUUUAGAUGGAGAUGGGAUGACACAAGAAGAUGAAAGAAGUAUGGGUUUUUUUUCUAUACGCAAAUUUACACAUUUAUGAAGAAAUAAAAAUCUGCAAUGUGCCACACUUUUAAUUUUACAAGAUGCAAAGAAAUUUCUACAGAUGGGUAGAAGAAUAGAGGAUAUGUGGAAACAAUGAGCCUCAUUUGCUUUGGUUUUUUUUUUAAUUUUUCCUGGAAAACUGAAAUCAGUGCAUUUAAAAAAAAAAAAAUUCAACAAAAUUUAUAAGUUUUCAUUUAACUAUCAUUGUUUCGAAUACAUGCAAUCUUUGCCUUCUUGAUAAUUUUUGGAUUAGUUUUAAAAAACCCAAACAAGUGUCAUUUUUUAAUUUUGCUUUGUUUAAAAACAAUGUAAUUGUUUCAUCAUUUAGUCAAUUGAAUUUAUUGCACUACCAUAUUUGAAUGUUAUGUGCACAUUUUUUUUCCCCUAUAAUCCCUUUGAAAAAUCCUGUAUGGCUGUUUAACUCUGAAUUUUUUUUUUUAAAUGUUAAAAAAUAUGGGUAAAUUGUAUAACUUGGCAUGUAUUGAUGUUAUGUAUAUAAAAAUUCCAGAUAUGAUGGUAAGAAAUAAUAUUAGAUUGGGACAGGAAACAUAGAGCUUAGAAAGAAAAACCAUUACAUUGAUUUUUGUAUUGAAUUUUGAAUGAAGAGUUUUUUUUUUUUUUUUCUAAAUUAAGAAUAAUUAUAGUAUUAAUAAUGUUUGUGAUGUAGUUUGGUGCACACCAGAACAAGUCCAUUUUGCCUACGGUGGCUUAGUAUUUGAUGUGACGGUCAAACAUAGAGCUUAGAAAGAAAAACCAUUACAUUGAUUUUUGUAUUGAAUUUUGAAUGAAGAGUUUUUUUUUUUUUUUCUAAAUUAAGAAUAAUUAUAGUAUUAAUAAUGUUUGUGAUGUAGUUUGGUGCACACCAGAACAAGUCCAUCUUGCCUACGGUGGCUCAGUAUUUGAUGUGACGGUCAUGUGGGCAACAAGGGGACAUUGUAAGAUGGGGGUCAGGUAUGCAGCUCAUCCUUGGAAUCUUGACCUUCAGGCAGAGGGAAGAGACAUGGAGCUAAAUUAUGCUGAAAACAAGAGCUAUAAAUAUAUUCACCGAGCUGAUUUAAAGGUCUGAAUGUUUUCAAGUCUGCGUCUCAUAUUUGUUUGUCAUAAGUUAUCUCAAUUAAUUCGUGCCCAUUUAUCUGGACACCAAAUGUCUUUUGUAACAAAUUUCUCUGAAUUUUGCUUCUUCUGAAUUUGAUUUAGGUUGUUGUUCUCAUUUGUGCAUGUGGCGCUUCCAUUUUCUGUGCCUACAUGUUCUCUUUUAUUUUAUAAUAAAAUGGUGGGUUAUGUUUUAAUAUUUUUAUAUUGAAGAUAAUAACAAAUGGGCAAAUGAUAUGGUGAAUUUUCCAGGGACUGUUGCCUUCAACAACAUAUUACUUUCGUCCAGUCACAAACCAUGAUGUGGGAAUUCAAUCGUUAAUUUUUAAAACACCUGGUACCUGCAAUGAGGUAAGUGUGUUAUUGGUUUAUGGAUAAACCAUUAAAAAAGGUAUACACAGUUCAAAAAUAUUUUUUUUAGAAAUACUAUUUACAGCAAGAGACUUCAAAAAAAAAGAAUUAAAAUAAAGAACUGUUCAAUUUUAUAGAUGCUGACUUCAUAUUUUAAUUAAUUUUUUUUUUGUUGCAUUUAAAAAAGGGUCUGUACCAGUUGCUUUUUUAAAAAAUUUUUUAUGAUACAUUUGAGCAAAUUUGUGUUAAAUAGAUCACUAGAGCAUUUUGUUUGAUGAGACCCUAAUGUAGGAUUUUCUUGCUUUAACUUUCCCAAGCCACAAAGCUAUGACCAUUCCCCCUGCUGGGUGGGGUGGGUGGGAGAGACCAGUUAACAGUAGGUUUUCAAUUUGCCUCUGCUUACUUUACUUCACUUCAGAAUACCAUUUUGGUUUUGUUCCAGACAUGGUCACCACAUUUUUUAGUGGCCAGUAAUCUGGAUUCUGAAACAACAAUCAAGUCAAUUGUGAAAAAAGUUAGGAGAGGUGAUUACAAUGCUUUGCUCUACAACGGAGACCUCAGUGCCAAACUGGUCCCCAAAUUCGAACAAGUGAGUAUGCUCAAGCAAUGAAACUGCUCUCCCAUAAAGGUAUCCCUUAAGUCAGAUCAAGAUAGAGAAGUUUUAGAUUAAGAUAUACAAAGAAUAAAUUGAUGAAACUGUACCAUUUGUAUUUUAUCGCCACCACUCGCCCCACACACUUUUUCUCCCGUGGCUAUUUAUUUUUUAAUUUUGCACUUAUUAUAUUCAGAUGCUAUUUAAGAUUUUUAAAGGUGUUUUAACAUCUCCAUCAGGCCACCUGUGUGUCUAUAGAAUGGGAAGUUAACACCACUUUGGUUGUUUACAAAGCUAUACUUACAAAAUUAACGCAUAUGUUAUGGCAAUUAUUGUGUUUGUUAUCACAUUAAAAUGUCUAAUAUCUAACCUAAGGUUUUGUUUGCUCUAUUCAUAGAAAGACACAUCAUUCCUGUCACAGAUAGCACAGGCCGCGUCUUUCCUACCCUUCAUGACAGCCCCGGGCAGGAAAGGUAUAGCAAAAUACUGAUAUCACCUCAGUUUGAAUCUGUUGAGUGUCUGCCAUGCAUGUGAGACUGCUGCUCACCUUCACUCUCAUGCUUAAAAGUAUUUUACAUUUGUGAUGUUUAUAGAAACCAAAGGUUUCAUGCAAGGAUUAGUUGUGCUUGUGAAUGCGCCUGUGUUUAUCUCUGUGCAACAUUAUGAUUUCCUCAUUAGAUACCACAGACAAUGAAGAUGGAUUGUACAUGUAUAGAAACAUAUUCUCCAUGCCUGGUGCAGAAUGGCCAAUGUCUCCUAACAAACUGUGGUACAGUCUGAAUAUUGGACCAGUGCAUCUUAUCAGGUAAAUUUCUUUAAAAUGUACACUGACAAAGCAUGAGCUGUGCCAUUAGCAAAAAUGUUUAAAUAUAAAAAUUUGAGAAUUAAAGGUAGCCAGGUUUUUCAUCAUUAGUUUCUAAUGAAUUUAUAUGUGUGUAAUGCAUUUAAGAUCCAAUUUAUUUGUUGCAAUUUAUCAACAGCUAUUCCACUGAUGUCCUGUUUGACUCAGAUGCCAAGAAUGCCAAUCUGCAGAGAGACUGGCUGGUGAAAGAUUUGACAGAGGCCAACGAGAAGAGGGAGGAAACUCCAUGGGUCAUAGCCUUCGGCAGCCACCCGAUGUAUUGCUCAUUUGGUGUCAGCGGUGUUGAUGACUGUGCACAGAAUACAUCCAAAGUGAAACACGGGUAAAUGCAAAAAGCUUGACUUGUAAAUAUUACUGCCAGAAAAACUAAGAUGUACUUUUGGAUCAGUCAUUGGUAAUUAAAUUAAGCUUUAUCUGUUUUUAUUUCUACCUCAGGAAAUUUUUACUGCAUUGAGGUUUUUUUUAAUAGUAAGAAACAAAGUUAAUCAAUUUUAGAUCUACUCUGUUACCUUUGUUACCUGUAGUCAGCAAAAGCUAUUACAUUGUCUAUUAACAGUUUAGAAGACAUCUUCUACCAUUUUGCCGUAGAUCUAAUUAUCACAUCCCGUCACACGCUGUAUGAACGGUCAUGGCCUCAGUACAAAGGUGUUGUUAUAAACACAACCUACCAUCAGCCUAGAGCCCCCAUUGAAGUCAUCAUUGGGUCAGGGAGUCCUCCUCUGUCAACCCCUGAGGACAAUAGUACCACGUCACCGAAUCCAGCAACCCCAGGUAUGCUUACGUUUUACAGACCUGUCUACCCUUACAAUUUUGGCGUACAAUUUGCAAUUUUGAGAUAUCUCUUACGAUCUUACGCCAAGACCCGUCAUAACUAUGAUUUUGAUAGACAUGGUUUUAAAAAAAAUUUUCCCCCACCAAUUAGGGUGGGGAUGUUGGUCACCAAACCAAAUAAUAACCCCCCCAGCACAGAAAGUUUACAGUGUUUUGCCACUAGGCUAAUUAUUGCUACAGCGAUUUCUAGCAAGCUAUUUAUGAAAAUAGAAAGCACUAGUUUGCAGGUAACUGCGAAAAAAUGUGGUGAUAUUUGUAUAGCCUUAAUAGGCCUAGUAAUAACUCAUGGAUUUAACAUAUUUUUAGGUGACAUUUGGCUCUAUUAGAGACUGUCAGGAUAAUUAUUGUAGAUCAUAUGCAUAAAUUUAGGUACAUUCUGGUGACCUCCCCUCCUCCCACGAACUUAUACACAUCCUCAAUGUCUACAUAAUAUCUGGAAUGCGUGUUACGUUGACAGGGUGUUGUAUGAAAAUAUGUUGUUGUUGUUUAUAUCCUUACGUUAUAUAUGGAUGUUCCAUUGUCCAAUCAACUCUGACAUUCAAAUUGGACGUGCACAUUGCAUGGAUGAUUUUAAUGUUAACAUCAGCGCUCCUUUUUCAAGUUGGACGUGCACAUUGCAUGGAUGAUUUUAAUGUUAACAUCAGCGCUCCUUUUUCAAGUUGGACGUGCACAUUGCAUGGAUGAUUUUAAUGUUAACAUCAGCGCUCCUUUUUCAAGUUGGACGUGCACAUUGCAUGGAUGAUUUUAAUGUUAACAUCAGCGCUCCUUUUUCAAGUUGGACGUGCACAUUGCAUGGAUGAUUUUAAUGUUAACAUCAGUGCUCUCCCUUUUUCAAGAAUACAUUUUUUUUUAAAAAUGCAUUCUCAAUUGCUCUGCACAGCAGCGUUAGAUUUUGACAUAUUCCAUAAGAUCUAGUUAGCUGAGCUUAAAAACUAUUUUUAGAUGUCAUUUAGCAGCUAUACAAUUUUAAUACCUUGGUAUUUGUUCCAUCACUUCUCUUCCCCUCUCCCAAUAUAUCUUGCGUUAGUUAUUCUAUACAUUAUACUGUAUUUUAUUAACUAUUGCAAUACAGUAUUGUACAAUUUUUAGAUGGAUAAGUACUAUUAUGAGAAUAUAUUGUACUGUACUGUGAAUUCCUGUGUGACCAGGUCUGAUUUUUACCACUUAUUAGUCUUUUGAAAUCUAAAUAAAAAAUUUCCUGGUAAUUUGACUAUACAUUUGUACCACCAAGAUAAUAAUAAUAAUAAGACGUCUUAUAUAGCGCGGUAGCCCAGCCUACAUACAAAUUUUAUCAAAAGAGACAUAAUCAUGACAUUAUGAUCUGAUUGAAAUAGUUUUAAAUGAUGCAAACUGUCAGAAGUUUUAUUCCAUUAGUGCAAAGUUAAUUGUUUUAGCUUCUCCUCCAAGAUAGUUACUUUAAAGAUCUACAAACUUUAUAUGUUAUUUUGUGGGAAUUUCCAAUAUUUGCUGUGCAUGCUCGAUAAAUAAAUGUUUCCUCCACACCAGCCGAGUGGUCAGCCUUCCAUCUGAUGAACACAACUGACAAUAGCUUUGGCUCUCUUUCCGUCAUCAAUGCAAGUCACUUGGAGUGGACACUAUUUUCUCCAGAUGGCAACACUGUGCUGGACAGCUUCUGGGUUGUCCAAGACAAUCAUGGGAAUUUCAGGUUUGGUGCAUUUUCUAUUCUAAAGAUAUUACUGUUAGAUUCUAAUUUUAUAUAUUGUAUAUUUUAGCUGUUUUGUCCAACUGUUUGAAAGUGUUGUUGUUCGUUCUUCACAUGUGAGGAUGACCAAGGCAAGAGUAGUAGAUUUGACUUGAGCAGUAUUUUGUUUAAAGUGAGGGAGGGUUGCUCAAUUCGUCACCCUCACUCUCUCAUCCUUGCCUUUUGUUCCAAUGGCAAGACUUAGUCAAGAUGACUGGAAAUUGUGUCGAUUCUUCUGUCCGGACUUUGCGGGAGAGCACUGAUGAUGUGAAGACAUGGAUGACGACACUCAGCAAGUUGAAGCUUAACGAUGACAAAACGGAAGCACUCCUUAUUCACGAUCACAAAUCAUCCUCUAACUCAGCUCUCCCCACUUCAUUUCAUGUAGAUAACUCCGACAUACAGUUUACAUCCUCUUCUAGAAAUCUUGGUUAUAUUCUGUCUCACAACAUGUCACUUGAUUAUCAUAUCUCUCACAUUUGUUGCUCUGCAUACACCGCUAUUCGUCAGAUCAGCUCCAUCUGCCACUACCGCACAGCGCAACAAAAACCCUAGUCUGUGCUCUUGUUCUCUCUCAUCUUGACUGUUGUAACUCUCUUCUAUCAGGUUCUCCAAAAAACUUCUUAGAAAAAUUACAAAAGGUUCAAAUCUCAGCUGCUAGGCUAAUUCUAAAGACAAAAAAACGUGAUCACAUCACACCACUACUUCAUUCACUUCAUUGGCUCCCUGUACAAGCACGGAUUGAGUACAAACUCUGUUCUCUGCCACAACUUUUUCUCAAAUUCCUCCCCUUCCUAUCUAACUAAACUUCUCUCGUCUAUUUACCCCUUCAACAGCUUCGCUCCUUCACAGAUGCAUGUAUUCUUUCUGUCCCCAAGACUCUCACAAAAACAUACGGUCGUUCUCUUUCUGUGCCCCCAAACAAUGGAAUUCUCUUCCACUACACAUUCGCAAUAUACCGACCAUCACAGCCUUCAAAACUGAAUUAAAAAAACAUCUCUUUAAACUCUACUAUCCUGACUGAUUUCCCCCUCUGACCAAUAAAUGAUGCUGCUGGCUGCCAUCCAUGGCUUGACAUCUAAAUAGUUCUUGAAUGUGUGGAGGGAAUAUACAUUUGUUUUGUUUUGUUUAAUUAAUGUAUGUUAAUUUUUAAGUUCAUGAUUAUGUUUGUUUAAUUGAAUGUACAGCGUGGUGAGACUAGGGCUGGGGUACCGCGCUAUAUAAAACCACCACUAAUAAUGAUAACAAUAUUAAAAAAUAGACCAGGAAGCAAUAGAUGACCAGCAGUAUAUGUGUAAAGUAAAGCUCUAUAAAUAACUAGUGCGGCAAAACAUAUAUUCCUCAAAACUACCAAAAAAUAUAUUUCUAUUAACUAAUUUUUUAUAUUUUUGACAAGUCUGCUAUUCAAAAAUAUUUUCAUUAUUGAUUUCUGUGCUAAUUAGUAAUAUUUCUGUGCUCUCUCUUUUGACAGUUUGGCUAACCUCCCUCACAACGUCAGCCAUCAGAUCAACCAGACCAUCAUUGCACUAGGAGGCAAGCCGGGGACCUAUGACUUCAUCAGUGGCAGCACUGGUGAUCCCAGUGAAGGGGAAGGUUUGUCCAAGUACUCGCUGUGGUUAGGACUUGGUGUCCUGGCUGUGGUCAUGGUUCUCGUGCUGGGCCUGGUGGCCGUACGGUCCUGCAUGAGGAGGAAGAGAGCUCGGGCUGGACGCAGGUGGAGGGAUGUGGAUGGACACUCGGGAGAGGGGUCGUUCUACUCUGUGGCGUCUGAUACGGACACUGAUGACAAUGACUUUGAGAUUGAUGUCUACGACAGGACCAAUAAGCAGAGCUCUAAACUCCUCACCCCUUACUGAGCUAUGAACUGGUUUCACAGGAUUUCAAGACUGGUUUGACAGGAUUUCAAGACUAGUUUCACAGGGUCUCUGGACUGGUUUCACAGGGUCUCUGGACUGGUUUCACAGGGUCUCUGGACUGGUUUUACAGGGUCUCUGAAAACGUUGCAUUAACAUGGUGACACACUGGCUUCAUUUUAUUACUCUUCAUUCCUGAUGCUUCCUCUUUGGUUCUUUAGUGUCAUGUGUUUUUAUUUCAAAUAUUCGGAUCCUAUUUGUCUUUCAAUCUGUGAUGUAUGUGGGGAAAGUAAAGCUGUGAGGCUUUUAUUAGAAUCAGGGUAAUAUCUCAGCCAGUAAUGGAUAUAUAAGCCUGAGUCUGUUUACUGUCAAAUUUAUUGAAGUCCAUUUAGCAAAUUACAAUCAUACCUUAAUUUUUCUGCAUAAAUGUUGGGUAAUUUAUGUGCAAUUAUUAUUUUCAUCUGCAAGGUAAUAGUUUCAAAUAAAACUGGUAGGACAUUCACAAGAUGACAUUUUUUUAUUGUGAUGAAUCUCUCACAUUAUUUAUUGAAUGCAGAUGACAUAAUUUUCCUCAGUGGCCUUGUACUGAAGCAUCUCAGAAGGUGAAAAUCUUCAGUUACCUUUCAUUGUGUUUACAUGUCAUAGUUACAGGUACUAAUAACUAUUCAGAAUUCACUGUUCACAACAUAUUCAUUCUUAAAAAGCAUUGCCAUUGAGGGGGAGGGGGGGGAGGGGGAGAGUAUAUGUUGGGAGGCAAAUGUUUUACAAAAUAUUUUGGGCCCUUUUGAUUGAUGAAUUUAUCCUGUACAUAAGGUAUAUUGAAUGGCUCUGAAUAUAUGCCUCACUUUUUUCACCCCAAUGUAAGUCUUUAAACUAGAGGUGCAGCUUGGGUUUAUAUUUCUCAGAAUUUUGCUUAUCCCGUGAAAAUGGGAAUAAAGUUUUCCUCUUGCCGGGAUUUCUUUACACUUUAUAUGAGUUUUGCCUUCUGGGCAGGUCCCAAAUUCUAGUUUUUGAUCCAUCAGGAGAUAUUUACAAGCCAAUGUUUCUAUCAAUUUGUAACCAGGCGUUCGUUUCGAUUCAGAAACAAUUUAACAUGUUAAUAUAUCUUACUACCUAGCUUUGGAAAAAAAAACAACAUCCAUAAAAUAAAGGUACUUUGACACAUGAACAUCUAGAGAUAAAAUAAGUUACUGAAGCACAGGUUCCCAGCCCACGGGACCUGACCUCAAAUGGGGUUGCCAAGGGAUUUCUGUGAGGUCGCCUUCUGAAACAAUAUUGUGAGAGAAAUAUUGAUUUUUAAAUGACUUUAUUUUUGAACUGGUGUCUUAUAGUUUGAGUCACACUUUGGAUCAUGGCAUCAAAUAUUUUGUUUAGUAGAAUGGUGGAGUGGUUGGUUAUUCACAGUCGGCUGGGAAUAAUAAUGAUUGCUAUUGGUAGUGAACUAUUUAUCAGCUGGGAAUAAGGCUAAGUGCUAUACACAGUCAGCUGGGAACAACAUUGACCGCUACUCCCAUCCAACUGUGUAUUAUGAUAUCAGAGGCGUAGCGAGGGUGUUUCACGCUCGGGGACAAGAUCCAUUUUAAAGUGCCCCUCUUUUCUUUUUUUCAACUCUCAAACUCAUCAAUUUUACCAAUAAUAUAACAUGAAAGCACAUUUCUGCGCCCCUAACUAGCUUGGGCCCGGGGACAUUUGUCCCCCCCCCCCCGCCCUCCCCCUCGCUACGCC